AAACCCAAAUUCAAAAAAAAAAUAUUGAAAAACACAACAAAUUUAAAAAAAAAUGAGGAAACUCGUGGUGUUACCGCUUCUGGUCAUCGUGUUUGUAUCGAUGAUGGCGGAGGAGGGGAAGGCGAUAACGUGUUCGCAGGCUAACCUCUCCAUGGCGCCGUGCCUGUCGUAUCUUAUGAACGGAGGAAACCCGUCGGCGCUCUGCUGCAAGGGGAUGAAGAAUCUGAAGAAGGCGACGCCGGAGAAGGAUGACCGGCAAACCGUUUGCCGGUGUCUGAAAGAUACGGCGACCAAAAACCCUAAGAUUAAGGACGAUAACGCAAGCCAGCUCCCCGGCAAAUGUGGUGUUGAUUUUGGCGUUCCGUUCUCAACGGGCACGAAUUGUGAUAGUGUGAAUUGAACGAGUUCUUGGAACGGCUACGUACGAAGCGACUAAUAAAGAGGGCUCGUCACAAAAAAAAAAAAAAAAAAAACAGGACAUAUAAAAUUAGUUUGAUGCAAGAGUGUUUCUAUGAGCAAACCCAAACCCUAGCGAGAGAGUUGAAAUAAUAAAGGCUCAAUAAAACGUUGCGUUUUUUUUAUUGUA